AGUCUGCCAGAUUUAGGUCUUUCGCGAGAAGAUAGAAAUAUGUUGUCAGAGAAAGUAAAUAUAGUGUUUCACGCCGCGGCCACUGUGAGAUUCAACGAGCCAUUACACGUGGCUGUUAAUGUGAAUACGAAAGGUACAGAUCGUAUCAUCGAACUUUGGAACCAACUAAAGCAUCCAAUUAGCUUCGUCCACGUCAGCACAGCUUUUAGUAACGCUAAUCUACAUGAGAUUGGGGAAAAAGUUUAUACUACGAGCUUGAAACCUUCGGAGGGCGACAAAAAUUCGAUAAAUCUAAUGGAAAAAGGGAUUUUAAAAACUUAUCCAAAUACAUACGCAUUUAGUAAGAAUUUAGCAGAGCAGAUUGUAGCAAGCAAGUGCAAAGAUCUGCCAGUUGCGAUAGUACGGCCAAGCAUAGUUGGUGCCUCUUUGCAAGAACCAUGUCCUGGUUGGAUAGAGAAUAUUUCUGCAUUAACAAGUACCAUUGUGCUAAUCGGCAGAGGAUGUGCAACAGCGAUACGAGGUAGGAGAGAUGCAAUAUCGGAUAUAGUGCCUGUGGAUUUCGUAGUCGACAUGAUAAUAUGUACUGCAUGGCAUGUCACGUUACAUAGAGAUCAUGAAGUUAAAGUUUACAACUGCACGAGUAACGCAUGCCCUUUUAAGUAAUUU